GACCGUCGUUUUAGAUUACCAGAUGUGAGCAAUAUAUAUACAGUUACACUACGUAUAGUAUUUUAGCAGCCAAGUCCAACCAAAACCAGUUUUCUGCAAUAAAAUAAUCUAGGGUUUCUGAUUUCAAAAUGUCCGACGAAAAUAGCUCUAUAGUCGAAGAACAAGAACCAAAACCUUCAACAAUGUCCGAAACAGAAGAAACCCAACAACACGAGAUCAAGCACACAGACAAGACCAACAAACCUUUCAGCAUUUGGCCACCGUCGCAGCGCACUCGCGACGCCGUCGUUAACCGCCUCAUCGAGACCCUCUCCACCCCCUCCGUCCUCUCCAAGCGCUACGGAUCCGUCCCCCACGACGAGGCCGCCGCCGCCGCCCGCCGCAUCGAGGACGAGGCCUUCGCCGCCGCCCGCGGCUGCGGCCUCGACGAGGACAUCGAGAUCCUCCAGGUCUACUCCAAGGACAUCAGCAAGCGCAUGCUCGAGGUGGUCAAGUCCAGAUCCGCCUCCGCUUCGACACCGGACAGCAGUGGCACUGUGGAUCCUACCUCCACCGCAAGUGAGGAAACAUCAUCUGUUGAACAUGAAUCUUGAUCUUUCAUUUCUAGGGUUUUCUUUUAGCUUUAUGUCUCAUAUAUAUUAGCUCACUUGAACUACUAUAAUAAUAUCUGCUUGUACUCAUGGAUUUGCUGCUUGUUCGUUUUGUGUUUAAUUAUAUACCGACUAUGUUGUGAUAUGA